GUGUACAUACUUUCAUAGAGCUUCAUAUAACACGUUUUUAACCUGAGGAAACACAAAAGAUAAUUCGCACAUCUUGAAAUCUCGCGUACGCGUCAAAAAGUCCACAAUCAUAGAAAAUGGUUGUUAUCAUCAAAGAGUCAAAUAAAAUAAGGGAAUGUAUCAUAGUUUUUUCAAGUAGUCUGAUAAUGUGAUACCAUUAAAUUAUAGAGCAAAAUUAAAACGUCGGAUUUUUUUGGGGGGAAGCGAGGAGCGAAGUCAUUGAAAUGUUUUAAUAUGAUAUUUUAGUGUUUCUAGUAUAGACGUGUAAUGAUGGUAGCCCAUUAAUCUUUUAUUAUACAAAAUUACGGAACGUCGUCGCUUCUAUGACACUUCCGAAAAAUUCACUGAAAUCUUGAUAAUUUUUACCACUUUACUAGGAUAUUUCUUCGUUUAUUUUCUCCCGUUUCAUUACGAUCAUUACAUUAAAAUAAUUAAUUCCUUUAGAAAUAAAUAAACGAGGCACCAUCAAUAUUAAUUUUGCAAGAAACUGCUUGCCAUACUAAAAAACCAAGAAGUCAACUCAAUUUCAGUCUCAUAAAUAUUAAGUGUAUCAUCUAUGUUUCAGCCAUAGAUAAUAGAUAUAGUUUCAUUUCACAAUUGAAGUUUUGACAAUUUUGACAUGCUACUGAAAUGUACACUCCUAAGUGCCUUGGACGAAAUGUAAUUAUUUGCCCGAUAAAAACAGUUGUUAUUACAACAAGGUUAAAUGUACAAUGAACACAUACCAACGACCAGUUAUGAUUUCACCAUAUAAAAAGAAGAACGUACUAAUGAAGAAUCCGCAGAGAUGACCGUGCUAAGUCAAAUAAUAAAGCCCGAUGAUAUGAUAAAAAUUACAUCAGAGUUUGCAAGACUGGGAGACAGAUGUUAUUUGGACAAUGCCGGUGCUACUUUAUACCCAAAAAGUUUGAUUACGUCCAUAAAUGAAGACUUAUUAAAAAAUGUUUAUAUGAAUCCUCAUACAGAUAAAAAUACAAAAGAUUACAUAGAACAAAUUAGAUGUCUCAUACUAAAACAUUUCAAUACAGAUCCUUCAACAUAUACGUUGAUUUUCACAUCUGGAACCACUCAAGCCUUGAAAUUAGUUAUUGAAUCAUUUCAAUUUAUGAAGAAUGAAGAUGAUGAUUUAAAUUGUGGUUCCUUUGUUUACCUAGAAGAUAAUCACACAUCUGUUGUUGGCUUAAGAGAACUUGCAGUAGACAAAGAUGCAGAAGUAGUCCACAUAGCCCAUGAAGAUUUCUUAAAUGUCAUAAACACGAAAGCCAAACAAACAAGCAAAUACACAAAUGGUGGUAACAGUCUUGUUGCUUAUCCUGCUCAGAGUAAUUUCAAUGGUUUUAAAUACCCUUUAAACUGCAUAGAGAAUAUAAAAAAUGGAUGUCUGAACAAUCACUUGAAAAAGCAUUUAUGUGAGAUAAACAGUGACUGGUACGUUCUGUUAGAUGCUGCUGCAUAUGUUGCUACCAGUAAAUUGGAUCUCACAAAAGUGCAACCAGAUUUUGUAUCUUUAUCGUUUUAUAAGAUUUUUGGUUUCCCAACUGGAUUGGGAGCUUUAUUAGUUAAAAAAUCUAGUGAGAAUGUUUUAAGCCAAAAAAGGUAUUUUGGUGGAGGCACUGUUGAUGCAUUAUUGAGUAAUGAGCACUAUCAUAUCAAAAGGGAAAUCUUUCAUGAAAGAUUUGAAGAUGGAUCUCUAUCUUUCUUAUCCAUAAUUUCUUUAAAACAAUGUCUGGAUACAAUGUACAGAAUCAUACCAAGAAUAAUACAUGACGAUAUUAUGGAAACAAUAUCUUACCAUACGUUUUAUUUAGCAAAAGAUUUGUAUUGUCAGCUAUUAGAUUUACGACAUCGAAACGGCACAAAGGCUAUCAAAUUCUAUUUAGAUUCAGAUUUUAGUGACAUUACAAAGCAAGGGGGCGUUUUAACUUUUAAUCUGGUGAGAGAAGAUGGAACUUACAUUGGUUUUUCUGAGUUCCAACACAUGGCAGACUUAUUUAACAUAAGUGUCAGAACAGGAUGUUUUUGUAAUUCUGGAUCAUGUCAAAGACAUUUGCACAUGUCAAACAAGGAUAUGAAAGAUAUGUAUAAUGCUGGUCACAGAUGUGGAGAUGAAGUAGAUUUAAUUAAUGGAAAGCCCACAGGUGCUAUAAGAAUAUCAUUUGGAUACUACAAUACCUUUGAAGAUGUUGACAAAUUCGUUAAUAUGAUAUGCCGAUGUUUUGUUAAUGCAAAGGCAAGAAAACAAAAGCGUAUCAUAAAUCAUUUUGUAGAAACACCAAAGAUUAAACAUUAUAAUGGCAAUGUUAAUAAAAUAAUUAAUGAACAAAUUUACUUUAAAAAUGUUGAUGAUGUACUGAUAAACAUUCCACCAAUGAGUACUAAAAUAAUAUUAAAGGAAAUAUGUAUAUUUCCAAUUAAAUCUUGUGGAGCGUUCAAAAUUUUGUCAGGUUGGAACAUAGGUCCAAAAGGUUUUGAAUACGACCGAGAAUGGAUGAUAGUUAAAGACAAUGGAGUGUGUCUCACACAGAAACAGAAUACACGUAUGUGCAUGAUUCGCCCACAAAUCGAUCUCAAACUAAAAGUAAUGAUAUUAAAUUUCCCAGGUAAAACUCCCAUAUCCAUACCCUUGGAAAAUUCUAUAAACGAGGUACAGAAAAAUGGAUCACUCUGUCAUAGUAAAGUCUGUACAGAUAUGAUUAAGGGCAUUGAUUGUGGUGAUGAAGUUGCAGACUGGAUAUCUGAAGCUCUUGAAGUGUCAUUCCUUCGUUUAAUACGACAAUCUAGCAACGACAACAGAUCUCUAAAGAAGAAGAAAGAUGAAGAUAAAAAAUUAUUGUCGCUUAGCAAUCAGGCUCAAUAUCUUCUAAUUAAUAAAGCAACAGUUAAAUGGCUUAGUGAAAAGAUCAAAGAUCCUCUCUUUACUGAUGAUUUAAAUCAUUUAACAGACCGAUUUAGAGGGAAUCUCAUUAUAGAAAUGGAACAAGAAUUGUUGGAACGUGAAUGGCACAGUGUUAUAAUUGGAAAUCACGAGUUUAAGGUGGAAGGGCAGUGCCCCAGGUGUCAAAUGGUAUGCAUAGAUCAACAAACUGGCGAGAAAACUGUAGAGCCCCUUAGGACAAUAGCAGAACAAUUUGGAGGGAAACUUCGAUUUGGUAUUUACUUGAGUUAUGUUGGCACAGUGAAUAAAUCUGACGACAGAACUUUGAAAACUUAUUCUCCAAUUAAAGCAAUACUAAAUGAUGACAACAUCAGUAGAUGAAAUGAAAACUGAAGUUGAUGAAACCAUAAUUAAUAUUAGAUUUAUUCCAAUCAUUCCAUUUUCUAAACGCGUCCCAGAGACAAUUACUGAGUAAAUUGGGCGAAACGGGAGGUAUGAUGUGAUAAUGCAAACAUAAUUUGCUCGUUUGAAUGAAAAAACGAAUUGACUCAUUUUAGUAACUGCAAACUUGCUCUAAUCCAGGGGUUCCCAGCGUUUUUUUCUCCUCUUAUUGCUCCUCUUCACAAUCGGCCAUGAUGGGCGAUUAUAGAAACUCAUGAUAGUGUAGAGGGCAUAAAUGUCUGUAAUCGGCCAUCAUCGCGUAUGGUCGUGCACAAUCGGCGUUGUGUCGGUAGAUCAAAAGAAUGAUGGCUCAUGAUUGUGUGAGCGUCCACACCAUCGGCGAUUAGUCAGGAUGCAGUUGUCUCCAGUGUGUGUCAAUUGUGUCGACUACAAAACUAUGGUUGCGUGGACCUUGUUUUGUUCCGAUUGAUAGCCACCACCCACCACCUUCCUCCAUCUUGUUUAUUUUUAUCGGUAGGCAGCAGCUUGGCUCUGCUCCUAGCAUUGCUGAAGUCCAUGGGCGACGUAACCACUCACCAUCAGGUGGGCCGUAUGCUCGUCUGUCUACAAGGGCAAUAAAAAAAGAGUUUCCCGAUUAUUUUUUCGCGCACAUUAACUAAAUGACUAUAUGAGUUAACUAAAAAUAUUUUCGCAGCCGCGAUCUCCUCGAUUUCCAUCGACGAUACCUAGACGUCUUAACAAAACAGUAGACAGUACUAGACAGUCAGUAAAUGAACGUUCACGAUUGUGUGGAGAGCUGCCCGAUCAUGGCGGCAAUCAUGGACGAUCAUUUGUUGGCCUAUCAUGGCCGAUUGUGAAGUGGAGCCUAUAGACCAGUUUCAAAAUUUAACUGAUUCUGGUUGACAACUUCCAUGCUAAAUUUCUACCAUAUUCCCAAAACUCGACAAAAAAUUUACGCGUAGAUCUAACUAUGGAAAUUUGCGUUGCAGCUAAAUUUGGACGACGAAUUAAUAAUUUUUCAAAAAUAGGGGGAGAAUUGAUUUUUUAUUAUUAAUUAAUUGAUUGCGCUGCGAGUGGAUGUCAAAAAAGUUAAGUUGGCCAAAAAAAGUAAACGAGGAACCAAUUAGUUCUCACUUAUUUCACUUAUAAAACCACGGUAAUAUAAAUUCACGUGGACACCUGGUGGGAACUAAGGCUCUAAUCAAAAGCUAAAGUCAUCUUAACCAAUUGAUUUUACAUAUAUUUCAUAGAUAAAAUAUUGGAUAUAGCGUGAGAAUUACUUAAAUAUUACUGGUUUUAAGCUCAUUUUGAAUAAAUCUGGGAAUGUUGAAAUUAAACUAUUUCUCAAUUCAUAAAAUUAGUUACGUUACUUUUUAAAUCAUCUCUGAAAUCGCACUAUCAAUGAAUGCAAAGAUUGAGGAAGUAGUUUGCUGCCUGCAUGCACUCCACAUGCAGUGAUCUAAAACCUGCACAAGGCUAGUGUUAUUAGCUCUUUAGAAGAUUGUCUAUGAGCUCUUCAAGUUUGCAAACAAUAUUGCUAACUGCACACCAAUUGUUCUAUUUCUGGAAUCAUCUCAUUUAAGUUGGCUUUUAUGACUUUCAUUAAAAAAAUGUAAUCUGUAAAGGACAUAGGCCAUUUUCAGCCCAGCUACUCGUGCUCUCAAGGACAUUAAUGAAAUAUCUAUAGAAAACAUUUCAUUUUUACAUACUUAUUAUAAAACUUAAGGGUAUUUUAAUGGUGGGAUAAUUAAAAUCAUAAAUAAAAAGAAAUUAGCAUGACUUACUUAGCUACAUUGAUAAUAUUGAAGGAGAAAAAACUAACAAAAUAUACUGACAUAUUUAUUAAUGGAUUUUAAAAUUAAUAUCAAAUAUGUAUUAUAUCUAUACAAAAAUCUAGUUUUAUACUUUUAAAUCCGUAGAAUAAAUUAUUACAUGGAGGAAUAAUUAUGGUUCUUAAGCAAAAAAAAAAAUUGAUGUUUAUUGACGUUUUACAUUUGAUCACCCCUUUUCGCACUCGUGCGCAUUGUGGAUAUUAUUGUUCCUGCUUAUUAUAUUUUGUUGUAAUAUAAAGUUAAUAUAAAUAAUAUUUAAGCUGAUGAUCAUGUUAAAGUGUCAGUGUAUUGACAGCAAAAGCAUAUGAUAUAACCUAAAAUUCUUAUCUUAUUUUUUUUAUAUCACUGUAUCCCCAUGAACAAUACUGAUUUUAAUUUGUUUAUAAUAAAAGGGAUAUAUAGCUGGUAUUUAAACUUAAUUUCAUUAUUGUCCUUGAACUUCGUUUAGUGAGCCGUGCAAUGUAUGGAGAGUAGCCCAUUUCCUUUGAAAGAAAGCAAUUGAAAUUGAUUAAUUAUUUAAAUUAAAUGGCUAAAAAUAUAGUCAAACUCUUGUUUCCAGAAAUAUAUUACAGCUCUUUUAAAACGCAUGAUUCUCAAUGUUCAGAAGGUUUUUUUUUAUAAUUAUUGUUUUUGUAAGCUUUUUAAAUGAUACAACUGUUGUAUCUCCAAUUCUUUUAUUUAUGUAUUUAAGUUUUGUUGUGAAUAUAUUUUAAUAUAAUAAAAGGUGAGAAGUUGGUAAUCCUGGGCAAA